UGCUGAGCAAUAUGUCCAAUCACCCGAUAGAGAGAAGCAUUGUGCCAUGGAUGAUGAUUUACUGAGCAAUGACAGUGAUCUAUCGGUGCAAGAAGAUCAUACUCAACUAAGGCUAGAAGCAGUUUCCGAAGAAGGCGUCUAUUUGCAGAAUUCCCAAAAGCUGUGCGAGAACUUACAAAAUUUGAGUGCCUACUUUUCGGAAUUAUCGGGGGGAGUGGAUAGAAAACCAGAGACUUGUGAAGAAAUGAAGUCGCUAGAGUUAGUUCAAAAUAAAGACCAAAAUGUGGUGCAAUCCGUUGCAGAUAAAAGUUCAGGAAUAUAUUACACAGCAAUAAAGGAAAAUACUAACAAUUUUCAGAAAGAUGAAUCGGAGGAAAUAAAUAAACAAUGUUUGACCAGUCAUCUUGGGCAUAUUUCAGCUGAAGAGGAUUUUAAGGGAUUUCCAAGUGAGGAUGAAGAGACUAGCGACGGUAUGAAACCCAUAUCAGCAGUAAACUGUGAUAUUGUUCGAAGUCAAGUACAUGAAGUAGAUAGUUUGAACGAGGAUGACGAAUGGAAUGAUGAGUGUGAUUUUUUUGCAAAUUUCGACAUGGAAGAAGCCUUAGAUGCAGUUUCAAAGUCAAAAUUGUACAAAGGAAACUCCGACGAAUUAAUGUAUAACCUGGAGUUGAAUGCAGAUUCAGCAACAUGUUUUCGUACCGCGUCCAAUAAAACAGUUGAAAUAUCUAUGGAAGCAAAAGCUCGUGCAAACGAAAUAUUGCAAGAGCUGCCCCCGCUACCGACAAACACUAGUUGCACAGAUGACUUCACUAUGAAUGAUGAAAGAGAAGAGCCUCAGCAUUCUCUAAAUCAAACUAUAACAAUUUCGAAACACGUAGUAGAAAAAAUCGUUGAUAAAACUUCAGAAUCCUCACAGGAUACAUCCACGGAGAAUCGCACCAACCCUUCCACUAAUUUAGAUGGUGGAUUGACAAUAGAAAAAAAGGAAAUGCCAAGUUUGGUUGGUUUCUGUACGGCGUCAAAUAAGAAAAUUACGAUUUCAAGCGAAGCAAAACAGCAUGCUGCCAAAAUCCUUGAACAGCUGCCGCCAUUACAGCAUGAGCGCACUUCCUUGACCAGGGCAGCAAUAGAAAAAGAAUCGUUUAUAGGAUUUACAACAGCUUCAAGCAAAGCAAUAAAAAUAUCUAAGGAAGCACAAGAACGUGCCUUAAAGAUAUUAGAGCAUCUACCGGAAUUAAAUGUAAUUGUAGAAACGAAUAAUGAAGCUCCAACAAACGCGCCGAACACUUCCAUAUCUUGUGCAGGCUUUCGAACUGCUUCUAGCAAAGCUAUACGUAUAUCUGAAGAAGCACAAAAGCGUGCUGCAGUGAUCAUGCAAGAUGUGCCUUAUGAAAAUGUUGACCAUAUCCCCGAAGAGUGCAUAGGAAACAUGCAAUUCAGUGAGUGGCCCAUGGAGGGUGAGGAAGCACAAACUGAAGUAAAGGCUAGUACCACAAGUAACGAAGGUCUUCCUGGAUUUUCAACGGCAUCUAAAAAACCAAUUUUGGUGUCAGAAUUAGCUAAACAAAAAGCUGCCGCUAUUCUUGAGAACUUGCCAAAACUAAGUGACGCGCUACCAUCGGCAGCAAGUUUGAAAAAUUCAGAAAACGCUACCAAAGCCGAACCGUUGGAAAACGUGGUGUUUUCUGAAUGGCCACUGCUUGACGCGGAUGAUGUAUCUAAAGUUGAGCAGGAAUCACAAUUAAAUGUUUCGAGCAAAAGAAAACGCGAUGACAUAGAUCUUGUACCAAACGGUGAGGAGCUUUCAUCUUCCCCCCCAACAUACACCAAAACUAAUUUGUAAAUCUGUUGGCCUUCAACGAAGUCCUCUAGCUCAUAUACAACAAUCAGUUACACGUUCCAGCUUGAGUGAAUUGGCUGUAAAAACUCCGCCCGAUUACGCAGCUAGUCGUAGUAUAAUAGCGCGCAAGAAUCUACUCUCUUUGAAUAAACGGAAAAAAUCGAAUGCAAAAAUUAUUCAACGACCUAACGAGCUGAAGGAUGAAAGUGUUGGUGUAAAAACUCCAACGAAAA